UGUUUACUCUCCUUUUAUCUUCCUCUCGGUCCAAAGUCAGAUCCAGGGUUUAUCCCGAGCCUUUCUCCUCUCCCUCUCAGAUUUUAGGGUUUUUUUGUUGUUGUUAUUUUUGUUGUUUUUUUCACAGAGAAGCUCAAACUCGCAGAAGUUCUUCCCUUCUUCUCUCCUAGUUCACAGAUGGGUGAAGUCAAAGACAACGAUGGUUACGAAGAAGAGCUCGUUGACUACGAAGAGGAAGACCAGAAUGCCCCCAACUCCGUCUCCGCUAAGCCGUCUGGCGAAUCUGUCAAGAAGGGCUAUGUUGGUAUCCACAGUUCGGGUUUCAGAGACUUCCUGUUGAAACCGGAGCUUCUACGAGCGAUUGUAGAUUCGGGAUUCGAACAUCCUUCCGAAGUGCAACAUGAGUGCAUCCCUCAAGCUAUCUUAGGAAUGGAUGUCAUUUGUCAAGCAAAAUCUGGGAUGGGGAAAACUGCUGUUUUUGUUCUUUCAACUCUUCAACAAAUAGAACCAGUUGCUGGUCAGGUUGCUGCUCUUGUUCUCUGCCACACAAGAGAAUUAGCUUACCAGAUCUGUCAUGAAUUCGAGAGGUUCAGCACUUAUUUGCCUGACUUAAAGGUUGCUGUAUUCUAUGGCGGUGUCAAUGUCAAGGUUCACAAGGAUCUGCUAAAAAAUGAAUGCCCUCAUAUUGUUGUUGGAACACCUGGGAGAAUAUUGGCUCUAGCUAGAGAUAAGGAUCUUGGACUAAAGAACGUGAGGCAUUUCAUUCUUGAUGAAUGUGAUAAGAUGCUUGAAUCUCUUGAUAUGAGGAGAGACGUUCAAGAGAUUUUUAAGAUGACUCCUCACGAUAAGCAAGUGAUGAUGUUUUCGGCAACACUAAGCAAAGAGAUUCGCCCUGUCUGCAAGAAAUUUAUGCAAGAUCCCAUGGAAAUCUAUGUAGAUGAUGAGGCCAAAUUAACCCUUCAUGGUCUUGUACAGCACUACAUUAAAUUGAUGGAAACGGAGAAAAAUCGCAAGUUGACUGAUCUCCUAGAUGCUUUGGAUUUCAAUCAAGUUGUUAUUUUUGUUAAAAGUGUUAGCAGAGCUGCUGAGUUGAACAAGCUACUUGCUGAUAGUAACUUCCCAUCUAUCUGUAUCCAUUCUGGAAUGUCUCAGGAAGAGAGGUUGAAGCGGUACAAGGGUUUCAAGGAGGGACACUCCCGAAUUCUUGUAGCAACUGAUUUAGUUGGAAGAGGGAUUGACAUUGAGCGCGUUAAUAUUGUUAUUAACUAUGAUAUGCCAGAUUCUGCUGACACAUACCUACACAGGGUGGGCAGAGCUGGCAGGUUCGGCACCAAGGGGCUUGCAAUUACAUUUGUGUCAUCUGCUUCUGACUCUGAAGUUCUUAAUCAGGUCCAAUCCAGGUUUGAGGUGGAUAUAAAAGAGCUUCCUGAGCAAAUUGAUACUUCUACAUACAUGCAAGUAUGAUUGGGUUCAUUUAAAGAAGGAAGCCUGCGACUAAUUGAGUGUAUUGGCAGGAUAUUGAUUUUGGUGGCAGCUAGUUAUCAUAGAUUUGUUUCAAGUUGUUGAAUGUAGAAUAUAUAAAACAGAAGAGGAGACUAGAAUGGUUUAAGUUGAUGAUGGUGAUGAUGAUCUUCCUCCCCCCUCCUUUGAUUCUUAUUUCUCUAUAGAUUAUUAGCAGCAAGCAGAGAACUUUGGGUUUUUGAUU